CGCGGGGAACCGAAAUUCAACCCAACAGAUCCGCCAUGGCACGUCGUAAGAGACCUUCUCGAACAUCAAAACCCGACCCACCAUCAGAACCCAUAUCGGAGCAGAACACAACCCGGAACACUCCCGAUGACGUCUUCCAUCUAUCCCCUCCCAAACUGGGAACGAUCUUCGUGAUCUCCACUCUCCUCUGCUCACUCCAUCUCUACCUCCUCUGUUUCCACUACAACGUCGAAACGGAGCUGAGAAGCUCCAUCCUCAUCAACGCGGGGCUUAGCUUUGUGGGCUUCUUCGUCACACUCAAGAUGAUUCCCGUAGCUGCCAGAUACGUUCUGAGGCGUAACAUGUUUGGUUUCGAUAUUAAUAAGAGAGGAACUCCUCAGGGAGAGAUUAAAGUGCCUGAGUCGUUGGGUAUUGUUGUUGGUGUUGUGUUCUUGAUCGUGGCGAUUAUAUUUCAGUACUUUAAUUUCACUGAAGAUUCUAAUUGGCUUGUGGAGUAUAAUGCAGCACUUGCUUCUAUUUGCUUCAUGAUUUUGCUUGGGUUUGUAGAUGAUGUCCUUGAUGUGCCUUGGAGAGUGAAACUUGCGUUGCCGUCUUUUGCUACACUUCCACUGUUGAUGGCUUAUGCUGGACAUACAACUAUUGUUAUACCGAAACCUCUAGUUGGUUACGUUGGCUUGGAAGUUCUUGAUCUAGGAAGGAUAUAUAAGUUAUAUAUGGGGUUGCUUGCGGUAUUUUGUACAAACUCUAUUAACAUUCACGCUGGUUUGAAUGGACUUGAGAUUGGUCAGACUGUUGUUACUGCCGCUGCGAUCUUGAUACACAACGUUAUGCAAAUUGGUUCAUCUACUGAUCCUGAGUAUCACCAAGCUCAUGCCUUUUCGAUAUACCUUACUCAACCUCUGAUGGCAACUUCCUUGGCAUUGCUUGCUUUCAAUUGGUAUCCUUCUUCAGUUUUUGUUGGAGACACUUACACAGUCUUCGCUGGAAUGACUAUGGCAGUUGUUGGCAUUUUGGGUCACUUCAGUGAAACCCUCCUCAUCUUCUUUGUUCCUCAAAUUCUGAACUUUGUGUUGUCGGUUCCUCAGCUUGUUGGCAUUGUGAAAUGUCCACGCCAUCGUCUCCCAAGGUUUGAUCCUGCAACCGGAUUACUAACCGGAACAAAGGACGGGACUCUCGUCAAUGUUUACUUGAGGCUGUUUGGUCCUAAGUCAGAAAAAUCUCUCUGCAUCCAUCUUCUUGUCUUCCAGGCUCUAGCGUGCGCCUUCUGUUUCGUACUUCGAUACUUUCUAGCUGGUUGGUACAAAUAA